UCGUCUCCUUUUCUCCGAGAUUUUUUUUUCCUCCGUUGGGAGCCAUUGAAUUGAUUCAUUGGCUCUUUAAAAAAGAGAAAGAACGGUGUGUUAGCGAGAAAUGGGAAUUCUCAAUGACGACGCCGUUUUAAUCGAGCGGGGAAAAAACUCCGGCGAUCCCACCAUCGUUACCGUCAAUUGCCCUGAUGAAUCCGGUCUCGGUUCUACUCUCUGUCGAAUCAUCCUCGAAUUCGGUCUCUCCAUUACCAGAGCUGAUUUCUCAACAGAUGGACGAUGGUGUUAUAUAGUGUUUUGGGUCACUCCAGAUAACAGCUCUCCUAAAAUCGAUUGGGACAGCUUGAAGAAUCGUCUCUUAUCUGCUUGCCCAUCUUGCUUAGGCUCCUUCUACUUCUGUCUUCAGUCCAAUGUCUCUAAGCCUCCUUCUCUUUAUCUCCUCAAGUUCUUCUGCCUCGACAGGAAAGGAUUGCUUCAUGAUGUUACUAAAGUCCUGACGGAGCUAGAGUUUACGAUCCAAAGGGUCAAAGUCAUGACAACACCAGACGGAAGAGUUUUGGACAUGUUUUUCAUCACCGACGCAAUGGAUCUCCUGCACACGAAGCAGAGACAAACAGAAACUUGUGACCAUUUAACGGCUGUGCUCGGAGAACAUGGUGUGAUCUGUGAGCUUGAGCUAGCUGGGCCUGAGCUGGAGAGUGUUCAAAGGUUCUCUUCGCUUCCUCCUGUGGCUGCCGACGAGCUCUUUGGUUCAGAUGGGUCUUCUGAUAUAAACAGCUCUAGCUCUAGCUCUAACAAAGCGGUUCUUACGGUUGAUAAUCAGUUAAGCCCUGCGCAUACGUUGCUUCACAUUCACUGUGUUGAUCAAAAAGGGCUUUUCUAUGAUAUCCUCAGGACUUCCAAAGACUGCGAUGUCCAUAUUGCUUACGGUAGAUUCUCGUCAAAGGUUAAAGGCUAUAGGAAUUUGGAUUUGUUCGUUCGAGGCACGGACGGGAAGAAAAUAGCGGAUCCAAAACAUCAAGCCAACUUCUGUUCUCGUCUUAAAGAGGAAAUGGUAUGUCCAUUGCGAGUGAUAAUCGUGAACAGAGGACCAGACUCGGAGCUACUAGUAGCCAACCCUGUGGAGUUAUCUGGAAAAGGAAGGCCACGAGUUUUCUACGAUGUUACAUUAGCCUUGAAAUCACUCGGAAUCUGCAUCUUCUCCGCUGAAAUCGGGAGGCAUUCGACUUUAGAUCGACAAUGGGAAGUUUAUAGAUUUCUUUUGGAUGAGAGUCGUGAGUUUCCGUUGGCUAGCCUCCGUGCGAGAAAUCAGAUAGUGGAUAGAGUUACAAAGACACUUAUGGGUUGGUGAAGUGAAGUGAAUGAGAUUUGUAACAUUUAUCCUACUCUGAGGUUUCAAAGAAACCGAGGCUCUCCUUGCGGCUUCGGGUCGAUGAAGAGUCAAAGCAAGAGGUUAUGAUUCGGAGUUUCAAGAUUGCUUCUGUAUGGAGCUAAAUCGCGUUGUAAAGAUUUGGAAAAAAAAAAUGUAAAAAAGGAUUAAAGCACAAUUGCAAUGAAUGCUUUGUAACUCACUUUGCAAAGGUACAUCGAAUCUUA